GAUCAAUAUACAAGUUAUUUUUGAGUUUUCUUUCCCUUUCUCUUUCCCUUCUCCAAGAAAUAUAAACUACCUGAGUUAAAGAAUAACGCUUCUCAGAGUUCUCCAAAGCUCUUGAUUAAUAUCUAGAAAGAGAGAGGGUGAUGAAAAGAGGUGCGCUGGAGAGUUCGCCGGUUCAACAGCUGAUGUUGGCUGGAAACCCUAAUUGGUGGAACGUAAGCGGCGGCAUGAGGCCACCACCACCAUUGAUGAGUCAUCAACAGGAGCCGUUGCCGCCACAAAUGACUCCUAACGACAGUUAUCACCGACCACGAAUGAUGAUGACUUCUUCUUCACCGCCUUUGCUUAAUAAUCCAAGUCUAUCUUCUUGGCUUGAAAGCAAUGAUCUCCCUCCAGAGUCUUGGAGCCUUAGUCAACUUCUCUUGGGUGGAUUGAUGAUGGGAGAGGAAGAGAGGUUGGAGAUAAUGAACCAUCAUAAACAUCAUGAUGAACACCACCAGCAUAGUUUUCAAGGGAAGAUGAGAUUAGAAAAUUGGGAAGAACAAGUCUUACGCUACCAAGCUUCCAUGGGAGUUGUUGACAUCAAACAAGAGAGUAACAUUAACAACAAUAAUGGCUAUCUCAUAUCUUCUCCAAACUCACCUCCUAACAAAUCUUGUGUCACAACUACGACCACAACAAGCCUCAAUAGCAACGACAAUACCAACAAUAACAAUAAUACGUUGGAUUUCUCGAGCAAUCACAUUGGUUUAAAUUUGUCUGAGGGCAGACACACUCCUCCGGAUCGAUCCUCUGAGUGUAACAGCUUAGAGAUUGGCGGCUCUACUAAUAAGAAGCCAAGGCUUCAACCUUCUCCUUCGUCACAGUCCACCCUCAAGGUGAGAAAGGAGAAAUUAGGGGGCCGGAUCGCAGUGCUUCAUCAGCUAGUAUCUCCUUUUGGCAAGACUGACACAGCUUCUGUCCUGUCGGAAGCUAUUGGAUACAUUAGAUUCCUUCACAGUCAAAUUGAGGCUCUGAGCCAUCCAUAUUUUGGUACAACUGCCUCGGGGAAUCUGAGGAACCAACAUUUGCGAGUAGACAGAAGUUGCUUAUUUCCUGAAGACCCUGGUCAGCUUGUGAAUGAUCAAUGCGUGAAGAGAAGAUCGUCUUCUACAGAGAAUCAGAAUGCAAAUGAAGAACCUAAGAAAGAUUUAAGAAGUCGAGGUUUAUGUCUUGUUCCAAUCUCCUACACACUCCAAGUUGGCAGCGACAACGGCGCCGACUAUUGGGCUCCGACACUCGGCUCCGCCAGUUUUCACUGAGACAAAGAAACUCUACCACGUGGAAUUCCGACCUUAGAGAAAAUGAUAUAACAUCACGAGCAGUCAAUCUAAUGAGAAACCAACAAUUGAGUUUCCAAGACUGAUUGCUCAUGAUGCUAUACAAAUUAAGUACUUGGUUUAAUAAUUUGCGUUUGGCGUUUCAUCAUUUGUUGUUGUGUGUCAUCAGCUGAUCAAAGCAUAUUCUGUCCUUCAGAAAACUGUUUGUUAAUGUUUUUAAUGGUUCAGUGUAAUUUGUGGUUAAUUAA